AUGUAUCGCGAUAACUCGAAUAUCGUAGCCACUGGAACAUUAGGUGGCCUGGUGCAGCACAUUCAGUUGCUUAAAAACGAGGAAUUCAGCUGGAUUCCAGAAUACAAGCAGGUUUUUAACUUCACCGAUGAAGUGAGCGAAAUAAGUAUUUGGCAUGGGUCCAUCGACAUUAUGGACGUAGUCCUGGCUGCGGAAAUGUUUGGAAUCAGUCGCUGA